AUGUACGAGCCAAGAGCAGAAAGCCAGGAAAUAGACAUCCCAAGCGAGAGUGAUGAGAGCGAAAUUGAGGAAGCCAAUUCUGAUGAUUCCUACAUCGGCAAUGUUGACGACUGGUGUGAAUGUGGGUGUUGUGUGAACAUGCCCACAGCUCACGAAAGACGAUGCUGUCAGCCAAGAAACAUUGUAGAUGGAAAAGCAGAGGCAGAAGGUGUGCCUUGCAUCACUCUUCACGAGGGGUUUCAGGUGAACUGCCUCAACAUACAUGUGCUGGAGACGUCAUUCUAUGAGUUUAUACAUGACUAUGGGCCCAGAGAGGAGGGUCAGCAAAUUCAUGAGCUGUAUCGGUACCUGGCCUACAGACGUUUCACCAGAUGGGUGUACGGGCUCCUGGGAAAGAAAUUCAGACGGGUUAUUCCUUUGUGUGCAGUCAACGCCAUUCGUGAACAAUUCCCUUCUGAGGAAUACAGCGGGUUUCGCUAUCCUCAGUAGUGAUUUUUGCUAAGUUUCUUGCAUAAAUAUUGUUUGAAAGUUGACUGAAUACAAUUGUUAA